CCCGCGGGCGGGGGAGGAGCCAGCCGGGGCCAUGCUGGCGCGCGGGGACUCGGUCGCAGCCGCGCCUCCGGGCGGCCCGCGGGCCCACGUGUCUAUUAUCCUCCCAGUCCACAAUGCUGAACGUUGGUUGGAUGACUGUUUGAGGUCCGUUUUGCACCAGGACUUUGAAGGCAUCAUGGAGCUCUCUAUUUUCAAUGAUGCCAGUAAGGACAAGUCUGGGACUAUCAUUGAAAAAUGGAAAGUGAAGUUAGAAGCUUCUGGUAUCCUUGUGGUCAUUGGAGGUCAUGAUUCUCCUUCUCCCCGAGGAGUUGGAUAUUCUAAAAAUCAAGCAAUAGCACAGAGCUCAGGGGCUUACCUUUGCUUUUUGGAUUCAGAUGAUGUGAUGACGCCACAGCGGGUGAGGCUGCAACUCGAGGCCGCUGCUCAGCACCCGACAAGUAUUAUUGGCUGCCAGGUGAGGAGAGACCCUCCUGACUCCACUGAGCGGUACACGCGCUGGAUCAACCAGAUGUCGGCCGACCAACUUCUCACCCAGGUUUUUACCUCAAACGGCCCAACGGUGAUCAUGCCUACCUGGUUCUGCUCCAGAGCGUGGUUUUCCCACGUGGGCUGGUUUGAUGAGGGCGGGCAGAAAACACUGCCAUGCCUGGUGGACAGAGACGUUCCACUGGAUUCUCUAACUCCAGACCUGACGCGGGGGAUGCUGAUUGUGGGCUGCCUGGACCCUCCAGGCACCUUGGCCGCAGCCAAGAGAGGCACCAUCUGGACCCUCCGCGUCCGCUUUCUGGAAGAAAGGGUGCUCCCAUACUGGGCGACCUUCACCAUCUGGAAUGCGGGCAAGCAGGGCCGGCGGCUCUACCGUAGCCUAGAGGCCGCCAACCGGCAGAAGGUAGUAGCAUUUUGUGACGUUGAUGAACGCAAGAUCAAAAAGGGCUUCUACUGCUACGAGGAUUCCCAGGAAAGGCCCAAGCCCCGGGUUCCAAUCCUGCACUUCCGCGCUGCUCAGCCACCCUUUAUCAUCUGCGUGAAACUGGAUCUCACGGGGGGCGCGUUUGAGGACAAUCUGAGGUCCCUGCACCUGCAGGAGGGACAGGACUUCUUUCACUUCAGCUGACAGGGCCACGGCAGCUAUUCCCAGCUGCUGUUCGUUGGUACAUUACUUUCUUUGUUCAACAUGUCCCCUUGCGGAACUGUUUAGUUUUACUUGGAUUGAAAUGUUAGACCAGCACUGGAUGAAGCUUCACUAUAUGGAGUCCCUGGCGGGUCUGGGUGUUGAAUCGACCUAUUCCCAUGCUUCAACAAGGCCAUUUCUCUGGAAUUGUUUGUGGUU